AACCAGGCAGACUGACUGAAGAGAGCGCGUGUGUGCAGACUGGGAUGAGUAAAUGCACUGGACAGCAUAGCUGUUGAUACAGCCAAAGAGAGAGAGCGAGCGAGUGUGUGUGUGUGUGUGCACGAAAGCAAGCGAGAGAGCGUGCACGAGAAAGAGAGAGACAGAGAGAGAGCGAGAGAGAGAGAGAAAGAGAGGAGAAGAGAAAAGGAAAAAAGGGGAAAGAAAGAAGCAGAGAAGAAAAAGGGAGGAUACGACAACAACUAUGCUGUGCUGCAUAAGAAGAACCAAACCGGUGGAGAAAAAUGAGGAGGCGGACCAAAAGAUUGAGCAGGAUGGCACUACCAACAAACCGGAAGACAAGGCCCACAAGGCUGCCACCAAAAUACAGGCCAGCUUCCGUGGACACAUAACUCGGAAAAAGAUGAAAGACGGAGAGGAAGAGAAGGAGGGAGAUAGUCCUGCUGCUACAGAAGAAGCAACAGAGGGCGGAGAGGAGGCGAAGAAAACAGCGGGGUCCCCAGUUAAGGAGGAGAAUGCUGCAGAAGAGGAGGGAAAAAAGGAGGAGGAAACGAGCCAAGCCAAAAGCCCGGUGGCAGAAAAGCCUGCUAACUCGCCAGCAGCUGCUGCUCCCUCUCCUGCAGGAGCAGCGACGUCUCCUGUAGCGGCGGCACCUGCUGCUGUCUCCCCUACAGCGCCUUCCGAGGCCCCCAAAGAGGAGCCAAAGGCCGAGGAAAAAGCUGAAGAGAAGCCCAAAGAGGUGGAAGCCCCGGCUGCGGCGGCCAAGAGUCCCAACACCGCUACAGCUGAGGAAAAGGUGGAAGAGAAGGGUGAGGAGAAACAGGAGGAGGCCAGACAAGCCGAUGUGCCUGCCGCUGUCAGUCCGACAGCUGAGAAGGAGGAGCCUGGUCAAACAAAAGAUAAAGAUGCUGCAGAGGAGUCUAAAGCAGCGGGUGACACCCCAGCAGACGCGGCUGCGGAGGCCACUGAGUCCAAGGAUGACUGAGGCAAAAUCUACUCUCCCAAAAGCAGAAUGAAGAAAAACAGAAAAACAAAAAUCUUAAAAGGUUGCUCUUUGCCUUCCCAAUGAGAAGGCAGUCCGUUUUUUUUUUUUUUUUUUAAUUUGUUUGUCAUUUUUUGUGUGGCAAUGAUUUUCUCAUGUUGGGGGAGUUUCCAGCGUGACGUUUUUUGGCUCAAGCUAAUACUAUGAUAACGUGGUGAUGAUGUCGUUGUUGUUGAUGAUUCUGAAAUAUGAUUGUGACGCUGAUGAGGAGGAAGAUUUGAUUUGUAACAUCUUUUACUAUGUAUUGUAAAGGAUUUGGUCGUGGAUUUAAAAAAACAACAACUCCCAACUGGAUAUGCACACAUUUAUGACGCAAAGCAAAUGAAUUCAUCUUUGUUUGCUCUGCAAUAUCCUUUCAUUACAUACACGUUGCCAAUAACAUUCUACUUCCACCAGUGCGUGCACGAAAUAGCUGGUUUUACCAUGCAACUCCACUUUUCAUGAUGCUACGAGUGUAUCGAAAACACCAACAUAUGAUAUGACAAGAAUGUAUAAAUAAAUGUGUCACAUUUCCAGUUGGAGAGCUGCAUACUACACAUACAAACACAACAUGUAGGACAAUAAUAUUACUCUCCCUCUACUCUGCUUGAAUCACUCAAGCUUUACACCCCUUUUACAAGCAGUCUGCACACUCUUUUGCAGAAAAGGACCUGUUGCCAUUGAAGCGACAUGAUCGUAUAAUAAUAAACUUUAGAAAUCUGCUGUAGUAUUUAUGUCUCGCCAAGACAAUUUAUAUUCAGACAACCAAAUAUGAGAGCAGUAGCAUGAACCAUCGAACCAGAUGCAUGAUGGGAACUCUCCCUCCGAGAGGAACUUUUUUCGCAAUUCUGAAAAUUCAAGAGGUGUGGCGGCUUCUUUUUGAUGUCUUUGGUGUUGUUAUGACAGUUUAUAUGAUUGGAAUCAUUCUCUUGCGCAGAUGUCAAGAAAAAACAUGAAAAAGAGGAAUCACAAACGAGCAAACAACAACUAAAAAACUUUUCCUAUGUUCCAGUGAGUGCAAUGUCCAAUUUUAACCUAUCAAAGAGUUCCAACUUGUGAGGAAAAAAAGAAAAAUGGUUUCAAUGUCUGUUUUCAAAAUAAAGCAAAUGUGCCAAUUAUCGUCA